GCGAUCAACCACGACGGCAACAGAACCGUUUCGUGAUAUCCUUAAAUCUGACCAGGUGCUGUCAACCACAUCGGCAACAGGACACUAUAUAAAACCUGUCGUAAAGCGAGCAACCCUUGACGUACGACCGAAAGAAACGGCUGACGAACAAUUAAUCUAAAAAUGCAUAUAUCAAACAUCAAAAUGACACUUAUAGCUCUAAGUUCAUUACUCUUCAUUUUAACUACAGUAAGUGCAGAAGAGGCUCGCGGACUUAUUGCAUACGACUGCACAACUGCAGAUGUAAAUCUCACCACUUACUCUCUGUUAGACGUAGCAUCAUGCAUACCUCCAACAACAAAUCUAACUACUACAGAAUUAACUAUACAAGUGCUACAACGAAGCGCAAAAACUGCCGCAAGGGUAUACCAAUGCAAGGUAAUACUUAAGCGAAAUAUCAAACAUUGUGGCAUGCACAGCCACACGUCGGAUUAUGAAUAUAGUUAUAGUUAUAUAGUAAAAGAAUUCACUCCGGAUGAAUGCUUAAUGGCCCAUGUGUCUAACUCCAUAGUCUUAGCAGACAAUUAUAGACUAAGUCAGCUUAAGAGAAAUUCUACAACCCGAGGAGAAGCCCUCAUUAUCGGGUACAUCAAAGGUAGCACGUGCAAAGGUGGGACAUAUACCACACCCCAAUACACGUGGGUAGACGCCCUCGUUUCUUACGAAUACGAGAUUUCGCUGUACGACUACCUAGCUACAGUAGACAUUGAAAACGACCAAAUACAACUGAAGAAAGGACUAACAUGCAUAUAUUCCCACGGAAAGUGCCUAGACUCCGAAGAAGGCUACAUUACUUGGAGCGUGAAUUUGAACAGGAUCUGUGAAGACAUUGAAUUCGAAGUAUUGUACGAGGGAAUUGUAAAUAAAACAAUAGAUAACAACGAUAAGAACUCUAAUAUUAACAGAGCAGUCUACAGUACAAUAUCUGACGCUCAUCUUUUCUCGAUUCGCACGAGACAGGAAACCAAAAUAUGUGGUCACAACGGUUACAAGACAGACCACCCCAGAAUCUUAAUAGUAGAAGUGACUGGGUUUAGAUCACCAUUUAGGAAACAACCAAAUGGGAAAAAUUAUGAUCUGUUUACCUACUUCAACUCGAAGAUAACAUUAGUCGAAAAUUACAUCGGACAAAAGUUAAAUGACGUGUACACCAAUAUCAUGACAGAAUUGUGCAAGUUAGAUAAAACCAUCAUGGAAACUAAAUUAACCUUAGCUCGAUUGAAUCCUACAGAAUUUGUAUCGAGCAUUGUAAAACGAUCUGGUUACACCGCAGUCGUAACCGGUGAGGUUAUACACAUUUUACAGUGUAAGCCGGUAUACGUGACCCCUAAGGUCACUGAAAGGUGCUAUCAAGAAAUUCCUGUAACUCACAAUAAUAAGACAAUGUUCCUCGCCCCAGUCACGAGAAUAGUACAAGAUAGGGGAACAGAAAUUGACUGUACUCCACUACUACCGGCAAAAUUUAUGUUGGGAGGACGAUGGUACACGACUGAUGGACGACUUCGUGAAUCCACUAGCCCAAAUAAAUUAACUACUGAUAUAGUUACUAGCUGGACCUAUACACCCCUUCCAAGCCUAAUGGAGAGUGGAGUGUACGAUGCCUCUAGUAUCGAGAAAAUGAGAAGCAUGAUAAACGAACAAGGAGACCGACGUGCUGCCUCUACGGUACUUCAUAAAGUUAUGAAGGGCCAAAAUCCCAAUUUACAAGGUUUCAAGCUAGAUGCGUUCGUUACCGAAAAUGUCAUUGAAGGAAUGAUAAACAAAUAUUGGAACAAAUUCGUAAAUUGGUCCACAUGGUUUGGUACAGCAACGUCGACUCUUAUAGGAGUCUACAUGAUCGGACGCAUAGUCAAGUUUGUCAUCGAUACUAUUAUGCACGGACGUAUAUUGUACGAUAUUUACGGCAUGGGAUGGCAAUUGAUAGCAUCCUUUUGGGACUCAUUGACGACCUUUUUAUCACAUCGAAACGCCAUGAGACAAACCCAAGAAGAUAAAAAUGUACCACGACCGACGCGCAGACAGCGUGUACAGUGGGAACACCCUGAGGAAGUUUACACACCGAUGGACAGGCCCUCUUCAUCAAAUAAUUAACAAAUAUAUACAAACUCAUACGAUUAUACAAACAUAUAGAAUUGUAAUGUCAUUAAUAACAAUUAUACAACAUAAUCAUUGAGACAAUAAUAGGAAGUAUCAGUAGGGUAGCUAGAAAAUAGUACUUAACUCAGCAGUAAUGACAACAUUGUAGCAGUAGUGAUAACAUUAAUGAAAAUUGUAAACCUUAAAAGAAGACAACUACUUAGCCUUCGCUCAGUUACAGAUGAAUAAUAAUAUGACGAAAGGAAAAAGGCUUAAACCUACAUUUAACAACGAGCCAAUCGACGAAGUGAUGGCGCAAAUAACUGCCAUGGUAAAUGAUAUAGAAUUAAACGAGCGCAAAAAAGCUGCGCGAAACGAGACCCAAAGAAUCAAGCGGAAGAAUAAACUAGGAAGUAAGGCGAACGACGCAAUAGAUGAGAUUUACACAAAGGCUUGCUUUUUAGGAGAUGAAUUACUGGAAGAUCUAAAAAAAGCCGAUAGAAUAAAAAACGAGCGCAGAAGGCGAAUGGGGUUAGAACCUAUCCCAUAUGAGUAUUACAAGUAAAUUGAUAUCCAGUCCUCAUUUUAUUCAAUACUAUAAACGUUUAUUAUUAUACAUACAAAAUUAUCUAAGUCUAGGAUUGCACGAACCGACGAAUCAAUAAUUAGUAAAUCGACGAGAUCGAUUUACGAGGGGCGGUAUGUCGCUGACGGGACCGACAAAAUGACGCCGUACGAAAUCGACAGAUCUACGACGGACAUCUGUUUUCAAGAACUUGAGGAUUUUUUUUAAUUCUUUCCAAGAACUUGAGAUCGGCUAUUAACUAUUCGAGGACUUGGGAAAUUGCUUCCAACAAACUCCCAAGGACUCGACAAUUUACGACCAAAGCCUGGAAAAACACAUGGCCGCGAUCCUUUGCCUGACGGCGGGAACGGAGCCGAACGACCAUUACGCAGGCGACGUAAUUUGAGAAAGGGUUUUUCCAACAAACCCUGCAAUAUUGAUCUCCCGCGAAGGGAUAAAUUUAUGACUAGACUUUUACGACGGGGCAAAUCGGAGCCAGACACCAAGAUAAGCAUCUGGCGAAAGUGCGUGGGAAUCUCAGAAUUCGGGUUCCCACGCCCACUAAAAGGAAAACCGUGCGAUCCUCGUAAGAGAAAAGACGGAAUGUGCGAUGACGGCAUUCGUGCCACAUGACCGACAAGGACGAAAGACGACAAGGACAAAGUAGCGACUGCCAAGAGUAGGAAGGGCUUCUCUACGAAUAGAGAGCCCAAAGGAAAACUAGGAUAGGAACGGUAGGAAAUUAGAAACUAGAAGCUAUGUAAAAUUAAA